AUGAGCUUCGUCGCACCCAGUCCGCUUGCACAGAGCGCCGACAAGCAACUCCUCUUCACUCGACUCGGCCUGAACGAACAGGUCCACAAGUUACUCCUCGUGAGUCGUUAUUUCCGUGUGAUCUGCACGACGAGCGCUAACGGCACGCAGGGUGAAGCUCAAGCUGCAAGAGACAGGUUGAGCAGAAAUGUACAGAACCUCACUGACCAGUCGAGGACCGACCCUUCGGUCACGGCACCUUACAAAUGGGACGAGAUAUCCGAGACUGCGAAGCAUACCGAGAUCCUGACUGUUGUGAACAACGCUGGCCCACAGACGAGA